AUGCUCAGGAAAAGUAGAUUUAUAGGAAAUGCCAGAAUGCUUCAUAAAAGCGUGAAGAGGACUGAUUACAAGCUUCAUCGAACUGAUAUACCUGCAAGAUCUACUAUAUUCAGUCUGAUUCAACCCACCGGCACUUUCCACCUAGGCAACUAUCUUGGAGCAGUCCGAGUAUGGAAAGAUCUUUGUGAUUUGAAGCAGCCUGAUACAAAAUUACUAUUUGGCACGGCAGACCUUCAUGCCAUCACAGUUCCUAAACCUAAUACCAGUGAAUUUCGAAGGUAUCGACAAGAGGCGAUUGCCAGCAUUUUAUCUAUAGGUAUUGAUCCUACAAGAGCAAUUGUGUUUCAUCAAUCACAAGUUGCACAGCACACGGAAUUGCAUUGGCUCUUGUCAACUAUAACGCCUAUGGGAUCCUUGAAUAGAAUGACACAGUGGAAGUCUAAAUCUAACUUAAAAGACCUCAAUGACGCAGACGCAGUUGGAGCAGUUAAGCUUGGAUUAUUCUCUUAUCCAGUACUUCAAGCAGCAGAUAUUUUACUGUAUAAGUCAACGCACGUCCCUGUAGGAGAUGAUCAAGCACAGCAUCUUGAAUUGACAAGAGACAUCGCUCAAAGAUUCAAUACUCUCUACAAUCGGGAGUUUUUCCAGUUGCCAACAACGAUUUUGGCCCCCACGAAAAGAAUCCUGAGUCUUGCUAAUACUGCGAAGAAAAUGUCGAAGAGCGAUCCUAAUCAAAAUGCAUUAAUCUACUUAAAUGAUGAGCCAGAUGUGAUUUCACGAAAAAUCAGAAAAGCAGUCACGGACUCCGUGUCACACGAAUUCAAAUACGACCCGGUGCUAAGGCCCGGUGUCGCGAAUCUUAUCAACGUGAUAAGUGGCGUUCAAAGAAAAUCGAUUGAGGAUGUGGAGAAAGAUAUCGCCAAAUACCAUAGUCAUCAAGAUUUCAAAAACUAUGUGACGGAGGUGUUGGUAGAAGAGCUCAGGGACCCAAGAGAAAAAUUCAUGAAGUAUAUGAAGGAGCCUCAGUAUCUGGAAGAAAUCACGAAAUCAGGUGCGGAAAGUGCUUCUGAAAUUGCCGAACAAAAUAUGAAGACCAUUAAAGAAAUAAUGGGAUUUUAG